AUGACUGCAAUUUUAGCUGCAGUCCUGGUUUCUGCACUCCUGCAUUCAGCAGGAGCCACAGAUACUGGUCCAUUGCUGUGCCAGCCAGCACCCAGAUGUGGGGACCAGAUUUACAACCCCUUCAAGCAGUGCUGUGACAAUGACACCAUCCUGCCCCUGAAUGGCACCGGCCUCUGUGGCCCCAGAUGUAUCUACUGGCCCUGUUUUCAGCUUUGCUGCCUGGAGUCCUCAGCUUCCAAGAAUCAAGGGAUUGUUAGGUUCAAGGUCCCAGGCAUGAAGCCCGACUGCAGAUCCUCCCCCAUCUCCACAAUCUGUGCCCAGGAGCCUCACCCCACCAGCUCUCAGACAGAUCUGACUUCCUCUAGAACAUCUUGGAGAACAGAGUUUCAAGUCAUUUCAGAAUCUGAUAUUUUGUGA